AUGUCUGAGUUGCCUGAACUGUCGUUCGAUGUUUUUCACAACAUCGUAGCUGGCAAGCCUCGGGGGUCAAGCAAGCUUCAUCACGGUGUGGACCCAACCACAGGCAAGCCCUUAUGGAAUGUUCCAGUUGCAACAGUAGACGACGUCGACGAUGCAGUGGAUGCCUCUCGAAAGGCAUUUCCGGCAUGGUCGGGCCUGCAGUAUAGCGAGCGCGUCAAACUGCUGAGUCAAUUCGCCGAUGCUUUCUUGAAGUUGGCUCCACAGUUCACGGCUUUACUGCAAGCAGAAACUGGACGAACGGAAGGUGUUGCACAGAUUGAAGUCCACUGGUCGCCUCUUUGGCUUCGCUAUCCAGGGUCUUGUACACUUCCUCACCAGGUGUUCGAUGACGAUGAUAAAGUUGUGACCAUCCAUUAUGAAGCCCGGGGCGUUGUGGCUGCGAUCUGCCCUUGGAAUUACCCGAUCAUGCUAGCCUUCGGGAAACUCGCGCCUGCCCUCGCAGUAGGCAACUGCGUCAUUGUCAAACCAUCACCAUUUACCCCGUACACAACCCUAAAGUUCAUUGAACUGGCACAGUCGAUCUUCCCGUCUGGUGUCCUCCAGGUCCUCGCCGACGAUGGCAACCUAGGCCCAGUUCUAGUCAAUCAUCCGGGGAUCCAGCAAAUCUCAUUCACGGGCUCCACGGCAGCAGGGAAGAAAGUAAUGGAAGCUGCAGCAAAGACGAUGAAGAAAGUCACGCUUGAACUGGGUGGAAACGACGCAUCGAUCAUAAUGCCAGACGUGGAAAUCCAGAGGAUUGUCCCCGAAGUCGCCAUGGGCGCGUGGUGGAAUUCUGGCCAAUCCUGCAUUGCGACAAAGCGUUUGUAUAUCCAUAAGGAUAUCUACGAGGGGUUCCUGGAUGCUCUCGUCAAAUUCACCAAGUCUAUUUCCGUGGGGUGUGGAUCUGGUGGAGGAGGCGGCCCGGUGAUGGGCCCCGUGCAGAAUGAGAUGCAAUUCAUGAAACUUAAGGGGCUGAUUGCAGAUUGUCGUGAGCGUGGAUAUGUCUUUGCGCUUGAUGAACCUGACGGCGGACGUGAUGAUCUCGUCCGACAAUCUUUGGAUGCGGGCUUUUUCCUUUGGCCCAUGAUCGUUGAUGAUCCGCCGGCCGAGUCGGCUCUGGUUAUGGAGGAGCAGUUCGGCCCUAUAAUUCCGUGCGUGCCCUUUUCGAACGAAGAUGCUGUAGUAGCGGCGGUCAAUGAUACGCCGGCGGGGCUGAGUGCGAGCGUGUGGUCUGGUUCCAUUGAUGCUGCGCAGAGGAUUGCAGGUCAGCUAGAUGUAGGGACCGUUUUUAUUAAUGGUCCUAGUCGGCCUGAUCCACGGGUGGCUUUUUCUGGACAUAAGGAGAGUGGGAUGGGUGUUGAGUAUGGGAUCAUGGGGUUGGUUGAGUACUGUCAAGUUAAGUCUAUUGUGCGUUAUAAAUAG